AUGGGCCGCUCACAGAAUUUGGACGAUCUCGAGGCUAACCACGAUGACGAGGAGCUUUGUACGUGGCGUGACUGGAUGGUCGUGUUAUCAUGGAGUCUGCUGGGCUACCUAUGCAUCAUCUUGACGGUUCUCGGCUAUUACAAUCCGUCUCUACUGCCAUUCGACCCGACAUCUUUGUUUUUCAAUAAGGACAUUUCUCCAUUCUUUGCAUUUUCGCGUGGCUCGGGCCAUUUCCCAAAGCCACACGGAUUCAAGAUAGUCGCUCUGGUUCCUUUCGAUUACCACGAGCGCACUGCUAUUCUAGACUGUUACCUACAGCAAAAUUUGGUCCACAAUCAUGGUUUCCUGGAUCAGGUUAUUUUCAUUCCUCAGACAGAAGACGCGGUCAGCCGACAAUGGCUCAAUUCUUUAGUGCGGCAAACCCCAGAAUACGCCAUCUCUCUAUCUGGUCGUGAUAUGGACUGGAAGUUCGCGCAAGAAAAUGUCAUGUAUAUUCGCAUUGACGGAGAUGUCGUCUUCUUAGAAGACCACACUAUCCCCACGAUUGUCAAAACGAAACUGGAUAACCCCGACGCGAUGAUGGUUUCUGCAAAUGUCGUGAACGAAGGCGCCCUCUCUUCUCUUCAUAGUCAUCCAGGAGUUGCUCUACCAUAUCUUCCAGAACUGCACCACGUUGAGCAGCCCUCUCGGUCAAAAUCCCAACUCAGCAGCGACUGGAGGGCAUCGAGUCUUCCACAAUGGGAAGGGCCCGCUAGCUUCAGAGUUCAAAAAGGAUUCCAACCACCAUUCCAGGGCCAUCGAUGGCUACUACCAGCUGGUGCAAGCUCAGACCGAGACCCCAUCGCAUCUUCCGUUUACACAGAAACGGGCCCGACUCUGCAAGAUUGGACAGUUAGUGCUCAGCAGCACUACUCGUUCCUCGAUCACCUGGAAUCGGAUACUCUGAGCCGAUACAAAUUCCCGAUGUGGGUGAACCCGACCGAGCCUGUCAGUAGCAGUUUUGGGUGUUUCUGGGGCAAAGACGCCGAGGCUUUGGGGGAGAUUUUCGGUCAUAAAUCCAAUGAAGAAUUAUCGAAGUCAUGGACUGCGGCCGACGGCUCUCGUCCGAACGUCACGAUCGACGGCAAGGGUCUGGUAUCGCAUUACUCGGCUCGAUUGGGUGCGGAUGGCUUGGAUGCGACGGAUCUUCUGGAGCGGUAUCGUGCCUAUGCACAGGAGAGGGUUUGCCGACAGACUAUGUGA